AUGAAUCACAGCAGCGAGAACAGGGGACGAAAUGGCCACAUUCUCGUGUGGGAUCAGCCCGGACUCGAAGAGGACGAUCGGGAAAGAAAAAGGAAAAGAGCUCGCUUUGGGAAGCGUCACAUGGUGACUUUCAUGAUAUUCCUUGGUAUGGCGAACGCCUACAUAAUGAGGACCAAUAUGUCUGUGGCUAUUGUCGCGAUGGUCAAUCAUACUGCUAUCAAGAACCCUGAUGAGGAGAUAGAAAUCGUGGAUGAGUGCGGACAGAAUAUCAAUGAAACCGGCGCUGCCGAUCGCAGCGCCGACGGACCAUUUGUCUGGGACAACAAGCAGCAAGGCUAUCUCUUAAGCUCAUUUUUCUGGGGCUACGUUAUAACGCAGAUACCGUUCGGUAUACUUGCCAAGCGUUACGGCGCCAAGUACUUCCUCGGGGUCGGCAUGCUGAUCAAUUCGCUUUUCGGACUGCUAGUUCCAGUGUCCGCGUACUGGGGAUAUUGGCCCCUGGUAAUCGUUCGUUUCAUUCAGGGUUUAGGAGAGGGUCCUAUUGUGCCUUGCACGCACGCAAUGCUGGCGAAGUGGAUACCGCCUAACGAACGGAGCAGGAUGGGUGCCUUUGUUUAUGCCGGCGCACAAUUCGGCACGAUAAUAUCCAUGCCGUUGAGCGGUCUGUUGGCCGACUGGCAAUUAGUAGGCGGUUGGCCAUCUAUUUUCUACGUGUUUGGUGUUAUCGGUACCGUCUGGUGCAUAGCGUUUCUCAUAUGGGUCUAUGAGGAUCCCGAGCAACAUCCAAGCAUCACAGAAGACGAGAAGAAGCUCAUACUCAGCUCUCUCUGGGGUAGCGCCGGCAUUUCCUCAUCGCCUCCCGUGCCUUGGAAGGCCAUUGCAACUUCGCUACCAUUUUGGGCUAUCUUGAUGGCGCACAUGGGUCAGAAUUAUGGAUAUGAAACGUUGAUGACUCAGCUUCCGACAUUUAUGAAACAGAUUCUCCAUUUCACUAUCCAGAAAAAUGGUAUCUAUUCGGCACUUCCAUACUUUGCCAUGUGGCUCUUUUCCAUGUUUAUCUCUCACGUCGCGGAUUGGAUGAUCUCUUCGGGAAAAUUUACUCACACUGUGACUCGCAAGAUCGUUAACAGCCUCGGCCAGUUUUCACCGGCUUUGGCAUUGAUUGCUGCUUCGUAUACCGGUUGCAAUGCCUGGUUGACAGUAACCAUUAUUACAGUAGGCGUCGGUCUGAAUGGCGCUAUUUAUUCAGGUUUUAAAGUAAAUCACCUCGACAUCUCUCCGAGGUUUGCUGGGAUCUUAAUGUCCUUCACAAAUUGUAUCGCCAAUCUCGCUGGACUUCUCGCGCCGAUUACCGUUGGAGAGGUUAUUGCUAAAUCGCCAUCGCAUGCCAAAUGGAGGAUCGUGUUUAUGAUCUGCGCUGGUAUUUAUAUCUUUUGUGCGACAUUCUACGCAAUUUUCGGUUCUGGUCAAAGGCAAGCAUGGGACAAUCCAGAUAAAGAUGACGACAAGAACGAGAAGAAUGAACUGGACGGUGUAAGAAUUGUGAACGAGACUCAACAUUGACAAGUGAAUAUUUUAUCGAUAAGAGUCAGUGAUGAUGCGAGGAAAUUAACACUGACGACGUGACAAUUGUGUCCACUUGGCCAUUUCUGUUUAUGCACAUUCAUUCCCUCCCUAUUAUUUAGCCAUUCGAAACAAAUCGAGUACAUUAAGACAUUUAAGUUAAUCUCAGAAUUGUAUUUUUCUUUUUCUUUUUACCGUAAUAAUAUAAAAUUUUUCAUGCUAAUUGUCACAAUUCGCGUUGUAGGUAUGUCUUCAUACUUUUGUAUUGGAUUGCAAAAGUUGUACAUCAAUUGCUUUAAUGUUAUAUUGUGAGUUUUGUGUGAAAGACAAUUCGUAUGUGUAAGAAAGAAAGAGGAAGCGAGAGAGAGAGAGAGAGAGAGAGAGAGAGAGAAAGGUAUAUGUAGAAUAUACUCAUAACCAAGCUACCGUUAUAAGCUUCGGUUCACGUCAUUUGUUGUAUUUUAUAAUUUAUAAAUUUUUACAUAAUAAUUUCGCGUAUUAUGUAGAAUUAGAAAGUCGCACUUCAAGAACUGGCAUGUUAGAGAAACGAUGGGAGAGAUGAUUCUCAAAAGAAAUUAAAAAAAAACGAAAACUAUAACUUGUAGAUAAGCAAAUUUCCAUGAACUUACCGGAGAUGUCAUGACAACAAAUAAAUCAAAGCGGGUAUGAUUUUGACGGGAUUAUAAAAACCGUUACAUUGUUUCUUAAUUGUAUAUCGAAAGUAUCUGUACAAUUAAGAUGUUUAAAUUGAAAAUUAAUUAAAUUGUAUAUCGCUGUUUGAAUAUACGAAUGCGAGAGAAACAGUUUAAGUUUUUUAAGCGCAAUAUUAAACUUAUUUGUGAUAUACGGCAUUGUUAUUCGCGCAACAUUAGCUUUAACAGAGUCGAUAUACGACGUUUAUCCCAAUAGCAUCUGCAAUCUCGUUCCACAUUCGAAUAAAACUUUUUAAUCUCGGUCUUCCUACUUUGUAAUAGCGCAUUAGCUGCUUUGCUAUUUUUUUUUUAAUGGGAUGUAUGCGCUAAGAUUCAUAGGAUAGAUUUAAUUAGAUUCACGAUGAUCAUGUUGGAGAAGGAUUUGUCCUAGUGUUUCCCAAUGCUUAUCUUCAGGGUAGAUUUCGUUGUUUGUAACCUGACAAACUUGUGGCAGCAGUAUUAGAGCAAAGGUCCUCAUCGUUCAUCUUUUUUUAAUACAUCACUUUUUACUGUAACUACUGCCAUUUUGUAUUGCGUGCGUGGCUUGGGUGAAAAGGGUGAUAAUAACGACAAAUCCCAUUUUUGUCGCGGGGCGAGGGAGAGGCCGAAGGCCUUUACCUGUAAUCGAGGCGUUGCAAACAGCACAGUGUAUACAAUACAAGAAUGGUGUUUAUACAUAUUGUAGAUAUUUGCGCGUAAGAACCCUAUUAAGUUAUAGUUGUAGGUAUUAGAUGAGUUACUGCUCAUAGUUAUUUAUAUAGCGUUCACAAAGAACAAGAAAAGAAUUACCGCCAGCCUAAAAUAGAAAUUAUCAAACUGAAUGUUUUCGCACUUAUACAUAUAGUAGAAAGCAUUUUUUUUUCAUAUUUGAUAAGCCUCUUUUUUUCAUAAGCUGCACAAACCGAACGAUAAAUCUGACGACAAUUGUAAUUUCUUUUUCUAUACGGUCUCGAGUAUCGAGGCUACCUAAUGAAAUACGUAAUCGCGCUACACGCUCGCGAGGAUAAGUCUGAAACAAUCGAACUGUUUGAAAAUGAAUUAUUAAAUCAUAUGUAUUAAAAAUAUUUGUUGGCUUAUUCAUCUUGCGAUUUUAUACGAAAACUUUGGAAAUAAGGUAACGGCGUACGUUAAUUGUUAGUAGAAGGGAAGAUGGAUGCGAGUGCGUCCUGUGAUCGUGUAUCUACAAGUGCCUUCGACAAGUGGCGUUUGUUUUUCUUUUUAUAAAUAAUGUACUCUUAAAAUAAAUUUUCGCGUUACGUCUACGGAGAAAAAAAAGUCAGUGUUUGCGAAUAUUGUUUUGAACUCUCACAAGUAUGCGAAUUUCCAUGUGAACUUGAGAAGAUGUUAAUCGAAAAUUACUUUACAGCAUCUCUUUACUGUAGCUUAACGCGAUUAAUACAAAAAUCAUGAAUGUAAAUCGAUUUGAAAAUGAAUUCGAUGGGAGAUAUAACGAGAAAGUUACCCCACGCUUAGAUGAUAAAGUAAUUUAAUGCAAAAUUUCGCAAACUCAUAUUUUUAUACAAAUAUUUAUAUAUAAUGUACAUACGACGAUACACGAUGUUACAACACGAUGUUAAAACAUAUUUUUAUUGUUGGGAUUGUAAAACAUAUGUGAUAAUAGAACUGCAAGUGAAUAAAAUAAGGUACAGCUGUAA